UCAUUAAAAAUUCAUUGUAUAUUUAACUUUAUAGUACAAUGUAUUCAUGUCUACUCAGAAGGAAGUCUCUUCAUAUUUAAUGGGGCUUACUCCCAGAUAAUCAAAUUGCAGUAAUCAGACCAGACUAAGAUUCUGUUGAAGUUUUGAGGCUGUACUUUUUGGGGGGUGGGGGACAUGGGGCUUUAUAGUACACAGCUGCAUCAUUCUGGUUAAAGGAAGAAAAUGUAUGUCUAUAAUACAAGGACAGGCUGCAGUUCUAACCAGGUCUACUCAGAAGUUUCAAGCAUAUCCUGAAAUUAAUAAUGAUGGCUGAAGUUUUAAGAUUCUAACAGAGAGACAGACUUCAGGAACCUGUGACUAUUGGGCAGUGAAUUGAAGACAGGAUGAUCAGAUGAAAAGGAGGAGAAUGAGGUGCUCCUAUACCUUAAUAGUCCAGCAACAAAAGGAGCAUCAGCAGCUGUGGCUUUCCGCACCUCUGCAUGACAAGUGGCACCUUCCAAGACUCCUGCUUCUAUAUAACUAUGAAAGAUGCAGUAGCCAAAUCCUUCUCUGGACUGGUCACUCUAUAUGAGGAAACUUUCAAGAUGAAGCACAGAUGUUACACAAAAGAAAUGAUCUCACAGUACAAUUCUAAUCUUUUCCACUCAGAAGAAAGCCUCAGCUGCCAUCUUGGUUGAUGGCACACAUGUGUGCAGCACAGCCAGCAUUCACUUCAAAGGAAGAGGCACAGUAAUUAUGCCACAGACAGACAAACAAGUAUGCAUCCCUCCAGAGCUUCCAGAUUUGUUGAAGCAGUUUACAAAAGCUGCCAUUCGGACGCAGCCCCCAGAUCUGAUACAAUGGGCUUCAGAAUAUUUUAGUGCUAUGGCCCGUGGAGAGCUUCCUCCUGUAAGAGAGCGAUCAGAUAGAGUCCCUUUAUCAAACUGGGCAGAGCUUACUCCAGAGCUCUUGAAGGUCUUACACCAGAGAGUGGGUGGGAGGCUGAUAGUCCACGUAGAUGAACUAGCCCAGAUGUGGAAGGUGCUCAAUCUCCCUACGGAUUUGUUUGACAGUGUUAUGAAUGUUGGGCGCUUUACUGAAGAAAUUGAAUGGCUCAAGUUUUUAGCUCUGGCCUGUAGCUCUCUUGGAGUUACUAUUGCAAAAACUCUGAAGAUAAUAUGUGAGGUUUUAUCCAAUGAGAAUGACAGUGGACCAGCUCGUAUCCCUUUCAGCACUUUCCAGUUUCUGUACACUUAUAUUGCUGAAGUAGAUGGGGAGAUUUCAGCAUCACAUGUCAGUCGAAUGCUGAAUUACAUCGAACAGGAGAUCAUUGGGCCAGACGGCUUGAUCAAGGUGAAUGAUUUUACCCAGAAUCCACGGGUCAGGUUGGAGUAGGUCUCAGUACAUCAUAUACUGCUAUGUUACUAGGAAGAAGACGAGAUAGAGGACAGAAUAAGAAUUACAAAUAGGCCAACCUCUCAUCCUCUUUUUUCCCUUUGUGUCUGUUAAUAAACAGUUUGGCAAAGCAACCAAUAAGAAAGAUGGAAACAUAGAUUGAGAAGUUGCCACUGGAAUAUAGUACAGUUUACUGUUAAACUUUCUGGUGCUAUGAUAUACACACGUCCACCCAAAUAAAUAUCAUAGACUACCAAAUAGUAUAAAUAUAUUAAAUAUAUUUGAGGUCCACCCUUCUCCCCUCUUUUUGCAUUUCAAAUUACCUGGCACUGCACGUGGAAUUGGCGGGAAUUUCAGAAGCCUUCAUCUGCAGGGCAAAAGUUCAGAAUUGUUUCUAUGGAUUCCUAUCCCUAGUUAUAUAAAAAGUAAACUUUGUAACAGGCCUUUGGAGCAACCUUUAAGUUUGCUUUAGUGACUAUUCAAUUGUAUGUUUAUUCUUGUAUAGUGCGCUCCCCAUAUCAAAUUAACUGAUCUGGGAUUCACUUUCUCCAUUAUAAUUUAUAAAUUAUAUUUUAUAAACAAUAUGAGCAGAUACAACUGUGAAUGUUACACAGAUGAAAUAAGGUACCAUAAUGGCAAUAUAGGUAAUAGAGUGACUCUAAAAACACAUUGUAAUCUGUACCCUUUGCCCUACAGUACAAUUUUCACUCUCCAGUUCUAUAAGCAGAUUUAUAAAAGAUGCUUUUAAUACUGAUUUUUGUUAAUGUGUGGAAUGAUAACUUUUUAAAAUAAUGAAGACCUGGAAAUUUGGAUCUACUUCCUUGAAUACAAGCAAA